AUGGGCGAAGACUCUGCCGAGGUGCCCGACCUCUGUGACGAUUUCUACGCGCACGCCUGCCACCGGCACGCCCACUCCGUCUACGCGGAUGGCCGCGCCAGGCUGAUGGAAGCCAUGAUGAAUGCUCUGGUGCGCCGAUCAGAGCUACCGAGCACGCGAAUGCUUGGCGCUGCGGUCGCUUCCAGAGGAGCGUUCCAGACCCGACAUGGCCUGGAAGCACGCGAAGGUCACAUGGAGGUGCUUCAGCAAUGCCUCGAUGGAGGCCUGCCCAUCGUCAGCGCCAGCGACCUCGACAGUGACUGCGAGAAGACGUCAGCGCCGGAGUGCCCGCCUCGUACGCCGCUAGCGCUGACCAAGGCGUCUGAGAAAUUCUUCAGCCGGAAACCCAACGCUACCACGCGCGACUACGCUGCCUUCAUUGAAAGAAUUUCCGUCCACCGAAAUCUGGACCUAACUCCGUUCGGCAAUCAAGGCCGCGCUCCACAGCCGUCUGUACUCUCCGCGGAGUGGUUCAAACGCGCCUGCCACUGGGUUUCCCGUGCUGCGCGAUGCCACUUGAGGGACAACCUGGGGCGUUCUCACGCUGAGCUUCGCGCCUACCAGCGUGCCUGGAAAGUCCUCUACUUUGCACCUUUCAUGGGACUGCAGGCAGAGCCUCUGGUGGGCCUUCUCUACAGGGAGCCUCCGGCGCCACGUGUUCACGCUUGCCUCUCUAUCAUGGCGGACGUCUUCGAAGAUGACGCGUUCGCCGUCGCCAAGCAAGUGCUCGCAGGGACGGUCGAUGACCUCGAAGGCUCUCUGUCUCAGCUCGGUCGCGACGCACGCGCCACGAUGAGGGAAUCUACCCGCUCCAUGAUGGCCGAGGUAGCAGGAGACCCUCAGUACCUUGCCCUGCCGCAAGACAUUGUAUCGCCGGAUGAAGAAGAUGACCCCAGCGUCGUCCUCGUGGACUCCUACCAUGGUUCAGGGGAAAACACGACCCUUUUCUCUUCUCAG